UAUUUUUAUUGCACGUGGAAGUUUUCGAUAUCUUCAUGAAUUUUGACCUUCCGUUUAUGUUAUUCUAACGGUCAAACAUCUAUUUCUUUCAGAAAUUUUGUCGAAAGCACUUCACAUAUGUCUAACUAUAAACAGUUACUGAAUAAAAUGCGUGCUUUUCGCGAUCGAUCCCAAGGUCCGAAAGGGACUAGCACCUCCAAGGAAUCGCUGCCGCGCGGAAGUGCAGGAUCCAUCGUUUCAAGCGUUUACGAAUUCGACGACAGUGACACCGAGAUGCCUGCAUCAGCUGCAAAGAGUGCAUCCGCCGCUGUUCCACCUCCUCAUUCUUCUGCUUCUGCUGCACCGUCAAAAGUGAACAAUGCUACAGCUCCGCGUGCCCCUCAAACCACGAAGAAAGCAGCGCCUUUUGGAACCACCAGUUCUCACGCUGCCUCAAAAACGACGACAGCGCCUGUCUGCAACGCCCGUGAGCAGGCGUCGAACAGAACGACAGCUUUUUCGCCGUUAACGCUGUCGGCCAAGGGAUCGACAACUAGCGCUUUGCAAGCCCUUGUGACCUAUCUGGGAGCGCAGCCGACGACUAGUCAACGCGUGAAGGGUUUGGAAGAGCAGCUGGCGGAAUUGACCAACGAGGAAAACCUGUAUCAGGCCGCUAAGAAGGAUUUAUUUACCGUGGCAGGGGACAUUGUCAAAGAGUACAAGAAAAUGGACGAGAACGCGAAGCGCUUCAAGUGUUCAGUGGCCGCACAAAACCGCGAGGCGUUUGCUGUUGCCAGCGUGGAUGUUUUGGAUCUGGGAAAGGCACUGCAAGCCCAUCGUCAUCGUGCGCUGCAGAAGCGGAAACGACUGGAAGAGGAGUUGCGGACGGAGAAAGCUAAACCCGGUAGUAUUCGCAAAUGAGAAAUGUAUAGAACGCAAUCAUAGAUUCAUAAUGUGCGUGCUGCGUACGAGCACGUACAGAUACAGUCCCAAAUGUCCUGACCACCCAACUGAUUUGUUCCAGCAUUUCUUUUCAUCUGAAGAUUUGUUUCUUGUUCUUUACUACGCCGGACGCUUAUUUGAUUCGGGUGAAUUUUUUUCUGUUUCGAUUUCUGAUUAGUUUUCACUGUUAGUGCUCACACAUUUUAGUGGUGGGUUAUGUUUCUGGUUAAGCUGUGCACUUGAUUA